GCGGGCCCCGUCGCCAUGGUGACCGCCGGGAAGCCCUCGCGCCGUAAAGGCCGAGGGCGCAGGCGCGCAGUCGCUGUUAGCGUUGGCGCUGGGCGGGCUCGAUGGCGCAUUACAAGGCCGCGGACUCCAAGCGGGAGCAGUUCCGCCGGUACCUGGAGAAGUCGGGGGUGCUGGACACGCUCACCAAGGUGUUGGUAGCCUUAUAUGAAGAGCCAGAGAAACCGAAUAGUGCACUGGACUUUCUGAAACAUCAUCUAGGAGCUUCAGCUCCUGAAAAUGCAGAAAUAGAGGCACUUCGCUUGGAAGUGGCAGAGAUGAAAGAAAAAUAUGAAGCUGUGUUGGAAGAGAAUAAAAAUCUCAAAAGCAAGGUAGUAUUCCACAAAAUGUCUCCCAAUGAGACUCUGUUCUUGGAAAGUACCAACAAGAUCUACAAAGAUGAUAUUUCCAACAGUUCAUUUGUGAAUUUCCAAAUAUGGGAUUUUCCUGGACAGAUGGAUUUUUUUGAUCCAACAUUUGAUUAUGAGAUGAUCUUCAGAGGAACAGGUGCUCUAAUAUAUGUUAUCGAUGCCCAGGAUGACUACAUGGAAGCUUUAACAAAACUCCAUACCACAGUUUCUAAAGCCUACAAGGUCAAUCCAGAAAUGAACUUUGAAGUUUUUAUUCAUAAAGUUGAUGGUUUAUCAGAUGACCAUAAAAUAGAAACUCAGAGGGAUAUUCAUCAGAGGGCCAAUGAUGACCUUACAGAUGCUGGGCUUGAAAAACUUCACCUUAGCUUUUAUUUGACCAGUAUCUAUGACCAUUCAAUAUUUGAAGCCUUCAGUAAAGUGGUACAGAAGCUAAUUCCGCAACUGCCAACACUGGAAAAUCUACUAAAUAUCUUUAUAUCAAAUUCAGGCAUUGAAAAAGCUUUUCUCUUCGAUGUAGUCAGCAAAAUCUACAUCGCAACAGACAGUUCCCCUGUGGACAUGCAGUCAUAUGAGUUGUGCUGUGACAUGAUUGAUGUAGUGAUAGAUGUUUCCUGUAUAUAUGGGUUAAAGGAAGAUGGCACUGGAAGUGCUUAUGAUAAAGAGUCAAUGGCAAUUAUCAAGCUCAACAACACAACUGUCCUGUACUUAAAGGAGGUAACAAAGUUUCUGGCAUUAGUCUGCAUUCUUAGAGAAGAGAGUUUUGAGCGCAAAGGUCUGAUAGACUACAAUUUUCAUUGCUUCCGCAAAGCUAUUCAUGAGGUCUUUGAAGUAGGUGUUGCCUCCCACAGAACCUGCAACCAUCAAGCAAGCACCUCAAAUAUGAAAGCAGUGACUCACAAUGGCACACCUAGGAAUGCAGUCUAGAGGAAAAUUAAAGACAUGGGACAGACUUUUGUCAGCUCUUCAAUCCAAAGUUAAGUUUUUGUGGAACAGGAGAAGACCAGUCUGAAAGCCUGGAGUAUGUUUCACAGGAGAAGAGCGACGCUAACUUUGGAACAGCAGCUUGUAACUUGUGUUGGACAUCUGAAACUACUGUAAAAAUGCUUUGAGGCCAGUGGCGUUAGAAAUGUUAAUUUGAGAUGGGCUUUAUUCCAAGUAUGGUGUUUUUGCAGUUCGAAGUCCGAUUUUAACAGUCUGGCUGUGACUGAAGGAAAGACCGCCUGGUCAAAGAUUACAAGUGAUUGAGUUGAGUUUAAUGUGAAACACUGAAUAGUCACUUGCUCAACUUUGUUAAUUAUUCUGUAGAAUAUCCUUUUUUUUUUUUUUCCUUGAGUUUAAUCUUUUGUCAUGUAAGAAAAUUGGUGAUGUUAAUACUUAGGCUUGUGAAACUCAUGCUUUUUUGUUUUGAGAGGCUGGUCUCACAAAUCAUUCCAUAAAAUUCUUUUUGCUCUCCCCAGUUUCCUCAGAGUAUUACAGUAAAUUCUGUAUUUGUUAAGUGGAUGCAAGAUAGAGCUCUGUUCUGAUGAUUCCAUGUUUGCUUGGAGGACUGAGCUGAAGCUUCAUUUUAAGAAAUCUUGAUACUUAGCUUUCAGACAACACUUCUUUGUGCACGCUUUUCAUUGGGAGGGAAGUAGUAAAACCAGAAAUGGCCUACCUGCUCUGUUUUGCAAAAACGUGGAUGUCUUAAAUCUGCGUGAUUAAUUCUAGUCACAAAGCAAUUGCAUGGUUAACUAAACUGAAAUGUCUGCCAUCUGUUGGAUUACAUCAACCACUUUCAGCUAUUUCUGUAUGAAGACAUGGCCAAAUUACUAACUUGUGAUAGAAGAUCUCUCUUUACCCUCUGACUGAUAAUCAAGACAAUUCCUAGGAAAAUGUCUGAAGCUGUUACCUUUGCAUAGCAAUUAAAUCUGAGUGCUACAGCCUACUAAUACUGGUAAUUCAGAGUACAGUGAUUCCAUAUUGUGGUAAACAGCUCAUUUGCCACCAUGCAAUCUGAAUAGCAUAUUCUGUGAUCUUGUGAAUGCUGACUGUCAUACUAUGGGAAGUUUAUCUGAACUGUUUUCAUCUAACUUGUUGGUAAUAUUACUGCAGAUGUCGUAUUGUACAUCAGUCUUGUUGAGCAGUAAGCUCAGCUACCGUCCCAUACAGAUCUUCCCUCUUUACCUAUCCCUAUGUAUGCAUGGGUGUUCAGAAGCCACUGGAUCAACUGACUAUACAAGUGCCACUAUAAAACACUUCUGUAAGAAGAUCUGUAUCUGUAAGUGAUAUCUGCAGCUGAUGUAUUUCUAUGGUCAGUUAUAUCCAGGAUUCCUUCUAUGUUUAUAGAAUGAAUUUUCUUUGAACUACAUAAAAAUGAAUAGACAUGCAUUUACAUUAGGGUUUGGGCACAUAGUAUGUAACUAUUUUUUUUUUUUUGCUUUGUUUUAAAGAUGAUGUAUGAUGCUCAAUAGGUAAAGGAUCUACUCCAAAAGUUACUCGUGUCACUAGGAGACUUGGGAAUUCAAGUACUCUUGUUCAGGUCUCUAAUGGCAGUUGUAGUUCUAAAUCUAGCCUUGGCUCCUUUUUUGGUAAUGGAACUGCAGUUUCUGGAAGUGCAGUUUUAUGAAAGUGCUGCUGGCUUGUAAGAUCUGGUUUGGUGGCUUGCAAGCUGUAUCAGUGUUCAGUUACCUCAAGGUGAGAAAAGAAAGAAUUGGCAAGAUAACAGGAAGGAACAAAUCAUUCCCAUUUGUGUGGUGAGAUUUCCAUGUUCUGAGUACAUGUGUGUGUUCCCCUCUUUCUAUCUUCAGUCUCUAUGUGAUUCUGUGCUAAUAAAAUAAAAAAAAUCCUAGCACUAUUGUUUCUGUUGGAGGGUGAGAAAAUUCAAUAAAAGUCUACUAAAAUCAGCUGUAUGCUUAAACAAAUAAAAAUACCUGUUCACUUCA